UUCGAUCAUUCAUUCACGUUCUGUGUGACAUGGCGGUCGUGUGUUUCUCACGGACUAGUGGUUUAAUCCUAUUAUUUUUAGUAAACACACUUGCCGUAUCGCCAUGGCUUACGUUGGUGAAAUUAGAUAACGUUACAUGUAAUGACAUAAAAUGUGAUUAUCGUAUAAAAGUGCUUGGUGAUUUCGAUCAGUGGUCUUUAACCUCGAAUGAAAAAGUACGCGGAGAAAUAUGUGAUGAUAAAUUAUUAGUUGAAAAAUCAAAUGUUUUGUUAGAAUUUAGUUUGCCUGUAUCCAGACAGGCGUAUUUCUGUGUCGAAAAGGAUGGAGUUUGGUAUCAUCAAGGGAAGAAUUUGUAUUUAUUCGGCGAUGACGUCACCCGCCUGGACUGGUCGCAAGAGAAUGAAAUCGCACCAGAAGACUUAAAAGAAACAGAUGCCAAAUAUACCAAUGAUCUCAAUAACCCUGAUCUCGAAGACACAAUCGAUUUAAACGAAGACAAAAGAGAGAAACGUCAAGCCAACGCCACUGUGCCAGAUGAGGAAGAGAAGCCAGACAAAACAAAAGCAGUUAUCAAACUGCUUGGUCUGCGAGUGGAUGAAUCUGAGAAGGAACCGAAAAUUAUUGAUGGCGUUAUACCAAGUGUGUUGAGUGAAAAGGAAUUUGUCUUAAGGCUGUUUGGUGAAGGUUUUACAGAGGAUACGACGAUCGUGUUCACCAGUCACCCGCAGGAGUAUGGAACGAGCUGCCAUUUCCAAUAUGGUACUUAUUAUAAGACCUCAAAGCUGGAAGGCGACUCGGCAAUCUUCAAAUUGAAGGUACCAGAACCAGAACAGGACUUAACCUUUUACAUCUGCGCUUCCAACAAUGCAACAGAUGAGACAGCGGAUUUCAUUCAUCAGGGCAAGGAACCCUGGAAGAUCCUGGGUAUCCACAACAAGUUGCUUCCGUUAUGGGCUUCCCUCGUCCUCAUAGUUAUUCUACUGGUCCUGGCGUCUCUCUUCUCUGGCCUCAACCUCGGUCUCAUGGCCUUGGACCGUACAGAACUCCGUAUCAUUGCCAAUACGGGUACGGAGAAGGAGAGGAAGUACGCAAGAGCGAUUAUGCCGGUCCGUGCGCACGGGAAUUAUCUUCUGUGUACGAUUUUGUUGAGUAAUGUCGCCGUGAACAGUACAUUUACGGUGAUUUUGGAUGAUCUGACCUCUGGCUUGGUUGCUGUCAUUGGAUCUACCCUCGCGAUUGUGUUCAUUGCUGAGAUCACCCCGCAGGCGAUUUGUGCUAGACACGGGCUGUUUGUCGGUGCUAAAAGUAUAUGGAUAAUGAAGAUUGUAAUGGGCAUAUGCGCACCGCUCGCAUGGCCGACUAGCAAAUUGCUAGAUUACUUCUUGGGAGAGGAAAUUGGUACACACUACAACAGGGAAAGACUAAAGGAACUUGUCAAGGUUACAAAUCACGUGAACGAUUUGGACAAGGAGGAAGUGAAUAUCAUCUCUGGUGCUCUUGAUCUUCGUAAGAAGACCGUGAGGGAUGUCAUGACCAAACUGAAAGACUGUUUUAUGCUGCCAAUCAAUUCCAUACUGGACUUUGAGACCAUGACCGAGAUUGUCAAGUCAGGCUACUCCCGUAUCCCGGUAUAUGAAGGUCAACGCGGUAACAUAGUGACGGUGCUCUUCAUCAAGGACCUGGCCUUCGUGGAUCCUGACGAUAACACACCACUGCGGACCCUCUGCCAGUACUACCAGAACCCAUGCAAUUUCGUCUUCGAAGACGUCACAUUGGACGUCAUGCUGAAGCAGUUUAAAGAAGGUCACAAAGGUCAUAUGGCAUUCGUGCAGCGAAUUGAGGAAGGUGAUGGUGAUCCCGUGUAUGAGACUGUGGGUCUCCUAACCCUGGAGGAUGUCAUAGAAGAGAUGAUACAGGCGGAGAUAGUGGACGAGAGUGAUGUCAUCUCUGACAACAGAACGAAGAAGCGCUUAACGAGACCGUUGAACAAGUUGCAUGAUAUAGCCGCGUUUGCUGGACAUCAGCACCAGAGGGUCCAUGUCUCACCUCAGCUGAUCCUGGCCACCUUCCAAUUCCUUAGUACAAGUGUGGACCCGUUCCGUGCUGAUAUGAUAUCGGAGACUGUUCUGAGGAGACUGCUGAAGCAGGAUGUCAUACAGCACAUCAAGUUGCGAGGAGAUGAAGAGAAGAAUGAUCCGAAGAGAUUUGUUUAUCAGGAAGGGAAGCCGUCGGAUUACUUCGUGCUGAUCCUGGAAGGUCGCGUGGAGGUGACAGUGGGCCGUGAGAACUUGGUCUUCGAAGCUGGUCCCUUCACCUACUUUGGUGUUCAGGCGCUCACGCAGAAUGUUGGACUUGCUGAGUCUCCAGCGCCCUCUACACUCGGCUCGCUUCAAAACCUGAACAUGGACUCCAUGCUGCGUCACACUUUCGUACCAGACUACUCCGUUAAGGCCAUCGUCGAGUUGUACUAUUUAACCAUUAAGAGAUCCAUGUACUUGGCAGCUAAACGAGCCACUCUGAUGGAGAAGGGAGUUCUGAACAAAGGUGGAACUAAUGAACAAAUCGAACCAGAAGUUGAUAAGUUACUUCGUGAAGGAGAUAGGCUUGAUGAUAUAAUUGAAAAUGAAAAGUCGCCAAUUAAGCAGUUCCUACCAUCCAGCCUCCUCACAAAUUCAACAUACAAAACCGAUGAGAACAAUCCAGAGGAAGAAAAACUACUUAAGAAGUAGCACAAACCAAUAUGAUCCUUUUGGGUAACUGAAAGUGUCAACUGUCAAUGUCAAAUUCAGAUUUUUUUAGCGCCAUUUUUACAUCACAAAUAACAUGUUUUUUAAAAGGUUUUAAUGUAGCUUUAAAGGCAUUACAGAGGAUUCAAAAAUCAAUUGAAAUAUGUUAGUUUUUUAAAGGUUUAAAUAAUUUUAAUAAUCUAAUCACAAACAAACCUACGAAUUCUUUGCGAUGGGCGUGGCAAUGAUAAACGAUUUUUAAGACAACUUCACAUAUAAACCCUAGUUUGUUGAUGACAGAUGACAUCUCAAACUUAGGUAACAAUAAAUUGGAUAUGUCAAAAUUCUUUUAUAUAUACUUGGCUUCGUAUAGAAAUAUUUUGCCCAUAUAAAUUGUCAAGGACGAGAAACUUGACGCGUCCUACGAAUGUCAAAAUCCAAUACAUAUUUAAGGUUAAGAAUACAUACAUAUAUUUUAUUUAUAUAUUUGACAUACUGAAGUCCUUGGUGCUAAUUUCGCGAUGUCGAACGUCACGCAGAAAUCGUUUGACAGCUAUUGUACCUACAUUCAUGUUUGGCGUUUGAAAUACGUGACUAAACUCCAUAUUCUAAUUUGUAUCUCGGGUCGCACUGUCAAAUGUCAAACGUCAGACGAAAAUUCUUUGACAUUUCUUGUAACUAGAUUUAUGUUUCAUAUACGUAAUCUAUUAAAAUGUUGCCACAUCCAUUGCAAUAUUCCAUAGACAACUGCCAAACUAUUGAAUCUUUGAAUCCGCUGUGCUUUUUUUACAGGCCCUUAUGACAAUUUCGCGGCGAAUGCUUAAGUAGAAUUUUUUGAUUAGAUAUAGUUUUUUUUUUGAAGUAUUUAAAAGCAUUUUAUACGUAGUUAUUUACGCUUGCUGCAUUUUGAAGAUGACAGUGUAAACUUGUUUUUAGAUGGUCGAAUAAUUUAAUAUAAAAAUCAACUGAUGGAGAACAUUUAUUUGCUGUCCUAAAAAUUUGCUAAGACUAUACUCCUAAGUCUCAAAAACAUAUUGAAUUUGACAUACGAGAGUAAUGGUUAGUCUCGACUUUGUUACCCUAAGCUAUAAAUUCCAAACUUAAAUUACCCAUUUCUAGAAGCUUAAAAAGUUUCUAUGGAAAAUGGCAACACUAAUCAAUGUUUACAAAAUUAAAUUAUUUGAUCGGUCUAAAGGCUUAGAUUCUAGUUUUUAAGUGCAAUUGUGGUACUUACUAUAAUCGUCCAUUUUAAAUCAAGCAUCACAAUAUUAUUAAUUCUCUAGAAGAACGCUAGAAUUUAUUUUUGAAUAAAUCAUGCGUAAUCCUUCCAAUGGUGCCUUACCUUUGUAAUGUUUUAUUCGUGUGAUUUUCGCUGUGAAUUCGACGGUCCAUAAAAAUCAAAUCAUAUAAAAGACUAAAUAAUAAUAUAUAAGUCUUGAGUAUCACACUUAAUAUUAUAAGUAAAAAAUGUAACAAUUUAUUAUCUGUAAGUGAUUUUUACGAAUAUUAAAAAGAAGGUUUGAUUCUAAUUUUAAGUGUGAUACUACAAGAUGGCGACGUUAGUACUAAUUUCCGGCGAAGCUACGUUACGCGGUCAAAUUCGAAUUUAAAACUGGGAGCCAUAGAUGUUUCAAGAUGGCGGCGCUAGUACUGAUUUCCGGUGACGCUUCGUUUCGCGGUCAAAUUUGAAUUUUAAAAUUUUAGAACAAAUAAUUUAUCAAGAUGGCGACGUUAGAACUCUAUUUCCGGCGUGUGUAGCUUUAUGUCAAAUUCUAAUUAUAAGCAAAUGCCAAAUUCAUUGGUUUUACAAGAAGGCCGCACUAGUUUUUACAAGUCGCUUUCUAGGUAGCGUUUUCACAGCGAAAAUUGUUAAUUUUUUAUGUCAAUAUACUCCGGUGUUAUAGACAAUUCUGUCAGUUUUAACUCACUUAGGUAAGCUUAAAUGUUAUAUUUAUGAAUUAAUGUACAAUCGAAUGUGAAUUAUAUGUUUCAUUGAU